CAUCACAGGCUAAUGCAGCUUCCCAUCAUGCCAUUUAAUCUCCGUUUUUGGUCUUUUUGACCGUCGCCCGGUUUGCCUUCAUCUGUCCUGUCAAACCGACCGGAUCUGCUGUCUGUGUCCGCCAGCGGGAUGAAACCGACAUAGUGAUAACGGAGCAUCCCCCCCGCGUCCUCCUGUCCACGAGCGGAGCUUCGCUCCCACUCUCCUACCGACGGAGAUAUGAGACAUCCACUGCUCGAUGCAGCCCUGACAUUGUGGCUAUUUGUAGAGUGUGUAGAGGCGAAAAAGUACUGCUGGUAUUUCGAAGGUGGAUACCCUAUCUACUUCAUAUGCCGUUCCUACGAGGACUGCUGUGGGACUCGCUGCUGUGUGAGAGCCCUGUCCAUCCAAAGACUAUGGUACUUCUGGGUGCUGCUGAUGAUGGGGGUGUUGUUCUGCUGUGGUGCAGGCUUCUUCAUUCGCAGAAGGAUGUACCCGUCUCCUUUGAGAGACGAGCCAGCCUUCAAUGUCUCCUUCACUAGGCACCCUGUUACCACACCAGUUUCCCAGCAGCCAGGGAGCAUGCAGGGCUUCGGGGUGAAUGGAUUGGCAGGAGGCGACCCAGGGGUUACCAUGACACACCCGCCGUACCCGCCACAGCCUGGCUCCACCCACAUGAUGAUGGGUUCCUAUCCGCCACCUCCGUCGUACUGCAACCAUCCUCCACCGUCCUACGAACAAAUAUUUAAAAACAGCGACAAGAAGUGACGUCUGCAAGGACUCGAGGAUGAAACGAAAUAAGGGAAUGUGGCACUGAGGCUGAAUCAUCAGGAUGUUUAGACACACAGGGACACGUGGACAGCGUUUUUUUUGAUGUAAAAACUGGAAGACACACACUCUCCUCCCAUGUGGAAAAGACUGAAAAAGCACAGUAACCAGUCACUCAUUCACCAUUUCCUUUCUAGCUCACACUACACACAAACACAUUCAUCUGAGGCCUCCUUUUUCUGAAUCCACAUGUAUGUACCAGCUUUCUGAACUGACGAUAAGUGAGGAUGGACGGAGUAAGUCAGAGAUUCAGUAUCUCGCUCAGAAAAAGAAACUGCCAUGUGCAUUCAACAUUUUGAUUUUUAAAGGUUCUUCUUCUAUUAGGAAAACUGAAAAUACUGACAGCGAGCUCCAUAAUUAUAAAAAGGUCAGUUAGAAAAUGCCCUCUGUAGCCAGCAUUUUAGUGCAACAGCUCUUUACAUAACGAUGAGAUCACGAUCCAUUUUAUCUUACAGAUGUUUUUCCCAGUCGUGUAAAGACAUAACGAGCAGGCAGUGGCUCAUUUUCCUGAAAGCAGUGACAGUUUCGCCUCAACACAAUUUAUGUUGUCACUCUUUUCAUCAGCGUCAGACAAACGAGAGGGCGUGUCACUUCUCUGAGUUUCACUGAGAUGAGCUCUUUGGGUAAAUGUGUGCCUGAGAGGCAGCACAUGUGUAAGAACAGGAUCACCUACUGUUGUUUUGGGAGCAGUGUUUGUGUACUCAUUCAAAAAAAGUCAUGCAUCACAUCAUUUGUCUACUCGCUACAUUAAUUUUGCAUUACUCACCAACAUGGCCUGUAGUUUGUCAAAGUCAAAAGUCAAGCUUGGUUGGGAUCAGUAUGCGUUCAGUUUUACAUCAUUCUGGGUUCUGUUGUUUUGAUUACAUUUACUGGCCUUUCUUUGUCAGGUAAUUAAAACAGUUACAUCACAGUUUAAAGUAAAAGAUGGUCCUGUGUGUGUCUGUGGGACAGCAGUGAUGUCUUUUCCAUCAUCGUAAAAUUCAGUCUAGCCUGAUCAGGUUGUCAGACAACACAAAGGCAGAUUUAACAGUGAAAACAGAAAAGCUUAUUCAGAAGACACAGCAGCACACCAGAACACUAACACAACCACUGCAACAACAUAUGCCAGUUCAGAACUGCUGAAUGCGGGAUGUGGAUGGUAGCAUUUUCCAUGGCAGCGUCGGAGAUGCAGCAGCGAUGCUCUUCUAUCCUCUGUCAGACCUGCUGAGUCACUGUGAGUGCAGAGCACAGGGCACAUCUAGGAAACCAUCACUUGCAUUCAUCGUAUUUGAGGAUGUUAAUGGUCCAUAUACUCUGCAAAUGUGACCUUCCUCUAUUUAACAAGCUUUUUGCUGCCAUGCUCAUUUUCCCAUAACAUUGCUGCACAUUUUUGUUAAAACCCCUAAAAUUAGAGCUGCAGAUUUAUAAAAUACUUGGACCUAAAUUAUUAUUUAGCAAUUCUUGAUUAUUUAUGCGCAGUAAAAUUUGAUUUGAUGCUUGUUCAAAUGAUUUAUUCUUGCACAACCUCUGGUAUCUGAUGAUGAAGAUAAAGGGAAUUAUGUAUUAUUGAUGCUGUGGUUUUAAUUCUUUUACUGGCUCAGUGUGUUUGCAUGAGAGUGGUGGGCAGAUCUCAGGCUGUCUGAGUGUUAAAUAGUUAAAUGCUGCCAAAUUUCCAUCAGUCCUACAUGUCGAAGCAUGCAUGCCCUGCUCGUGUUAUAUUUUUUUAAUCAGGCAGGGGAUCUGGACACUGUUUUAUCUGGUUAUUUCACACUGAGUGAUGUUCCUUUAAAGGGUGUAUGUGACAGUAAGUGCACGCUAAAAUGGGACGUUAGCAGUAUUGGGGCACAGUGUACAGGAACCAUGCAACAUUAUUGCUGUAGAAUGCAUCGAGCUAAAACCACGAUGGUCAGUAAACCUCAGAGCCAGCAGCAGCACAGGGCAGCUGAUCACAAUCUGCACACACAGAACAUAAAACAAGUGAUGCUCUAAGUAGUGUUUUGAACACUGCGACAUGCUCAUUAGUUCACAUGAACCUGUCUGUGAGCAUUAUAUGGUUUGCCCAUCAGUGCCAGCACUGAGCAGGGCACCACGAUUUGAUCUACAAUAUUAUCCAAAGUCAUGUUCAGUGUAACACACAGUGUCACAGCACUAAUUCAUGAUUUGUGAUGACAUCAAAGACAUAUUGUACAUUUACAAGGAUGAGAACGUUUCCUUAUUGCCUUUUGUCAAACCAUUCACUGUUCGGUAUGCUAAUGAUAUUCCAGACUCACUGUAUACAUAUUCUGACACAUACUCUGAGUAAUUAUGGCUGAAUAUAACGAAAAUUUGGAAAAGGUGAUUUUUUUCUCUCCCCUUUUUGGUAUUGUAGGUACUCUCAGCAGAGUGUGUACUGAGGCUGCAGCUCAUUCACUGCUGAAGAAGCAGGAAACCCACAAGCACAGCAAAAACUGCAGUAAUCUACUUUAGGUUGUUUCAGGCAGCGACACACAUUUGAUUUGAUGGGCCCCAAACAGUUUUGUGUAUUUUCUCCCAGGAUCAAACUUUUGCUUGACAGGCAGAUGUGUAAACCACUUUACUAUGGAGCCACUAUAACUGGUUAUAGUGGAACCAGAAUUCUGAAAAAAGUCAGAAUUCUGUCCUCAAACUCACUAUUCGGACUUCUGAGUUUCAACUCAGUAUUCGGACUUCUGAGUUUCAACUCAGUAUUCGGACUUCUGAGUUUCAACUCAGUAUUCGGACUUCUGAGUUGAAACUCAGUAUUCGGAAUUCUGAGUUGAAACUCAGUAUUCGGAAUUCUGAGUUGAAACUCAGUAUUCGGAAUUCUGAGUUUCAACUCAGUAUUCGGAAUUCUGAGUU